GGAAGAGGAAGUGCCGACGCUGAGGCGGCCGCCGGAAGUUGAAAGGACCCGACUCGGUUUGUUUUGGUGGCAGCUGACGGGGACGGCGCUUCUGUUCCGCAGGCUUCGUCGCGGGUGGUUCGCCAUGGUGUGCGAGAAGUGUGAGAGAAAACUUGGUACUGUAAUUACGCCUGAUACAUGGAAAGAUGGUGCAAGAAACACCACAGAAAGUGGUGGGAGAAAACUAAAUGAAAACAAGGCAUUGACAUCAAAGAAGGCAAGGUUUGAUCCUUAUGGUAAAAACAAAUUUGCAAUAUGCCGAAUUUGCAAAAGUUCAGUUCAUCAGCCAGGCUCCCACUACUGCCAGGGAUGUGCAUACAAAAAGGGCAUCUGCGCAAUGUGUGGAAAGAAAGUGUUGGAUACAAAAAACUACAAGCAAACAUCCGUUUAAUUAUAUACUACGAACUUUUUCUUGACCAGCUUUACUUUCAAAACAGUUAUCAACGUUGGGGGGGGGGAAAUGUAAAAGAUGACAGACACCGUCAGAAUUUGCAUGGACCUUUAGUUGCACUUUGUUAGCGCUGAUUGUAAACCUGGAUAAAUGGUCCAAUUCAUACCUGUAUAAAUUUAUAAUAAGAAAACUGAUGUGUUUUGAGGAAAAACUCUAAAAAGCCAGCAGAUCAACUUUUUUCUUCACCCCACUGCUAUAACAAGAAUUUGUAGAUUGAAAGUCUAUCAGCAGAGGGACUGAUGAAAUAAAACUGGCAUAAAAUGAUUUUUUUUAAUGUAGGUUUGCUUGCAAAUGUAUAAAACGCUGCACAACAUGGAACCCACCAAGCCAACCACCAGGAGCUCUGUAAGCUUCCCAGUUUUGUUGCCUGCCUAUAACUGAAAAAACAAAAUGUUCUCAAGAAGCUGAUAGGUUAAAAUACAUGGUUGGUGGGCUUCAUUCAGCUAGGUGACUCCAACAUUCUUAGAACCUGGUAUAUUUCCUUUAAUCUGGUUUUGUUGGGGUGAAGCUUGAAGUCGAAUGAAGAAACCCAGCAUAAAUUAGCCUUUAACUUCAUGAUUCAAAAUUGGCGUUGGGGCAUUACUCGUGCAUGGGUGGAAAAUGGUAUAUAAAGUGAUUCCAUAUUGUUGUGCUUAAAAAAAAGAGGUGGCUACUAUAUAAUCUUGGUUGAAGGUGGUAUAAUUAGGGUGUUCUUGUAUGCUAUUUUUGUUUCUUAGUGUGUUAUUCUUUGAUCUGUUCAAUAGUACACCCCUUGCAUAUUGGUGUUGCCAUGCUGUAGAGAAUAGAAGCAAUAAUGAUCCAUGAUUUGAUUCUGAAGGAGGAAACACACCUUGGUCUGGCUAGAUGUGGCAGUAGGGCAUACCACUUGCCCUCUUGUCUGCCCAUACUUUGGAGUUCGCUUCAGAGGCUAUUCUCUGGGAGCCAUCCACCUUCUGAGGUUAGAGAGGUGGUGGCUGAAGAGAGGGCCUUUUCAGUAGUCCAACUCUGGUAUACGGUCACCAGGAAAGCUUGCCUAGCGCCUACUUUCUGUGCCAGGCAAGUAUAUUUUAUUUUCCAAGGUUCUUAACACCUCCUGCAUAUAUAUUUAUUUUAUCUUUCUGCUUUUAUAAUCCUUGGAAUUUCAAUUCCUGGUUUAAUUUCUGCUUGAGAUGAAAUGGCUGGAACAACAGAACUCAGAUGGCAGAAGACUUGGAGCAGAUCCAUGCAAACAUGGUUCAGAGCUCAUGUGAAAGUUAUUCUGUGGAGCUGGAACAGCAACUUAUUUGUAAAAUGUUUUUAAAAUAAGCACUUUGACCUGAAUGCCAUGUUGAUUAGGGAACCUGGAAUCAAAACUGUUACUUGGAUGAAUAUCAGUUAUUUCAUGGACAAGGUGCCUAAGUGCAAUCUGAACAACUUGCUAUCUCAAAUUUUGCCCUUCCUGGCUUGUAACACCUAGCAGGAGAAAUUGGCAGGCCUGGUGGGCAUGAUAGUCAGUGCACUUUUUGUAGCAGGAUUCAUGCUAGUGGUCUCAGAAAGUCAUUGGGGCCCCUCAAUAAAAUCAUCCCUGUCCCUGCUGAUCUGGGCAAGACUAUGUGGUGGGGGUUUAUGACCAGAGAUUCCUAUGUCCCCCCCUUCCCUAUUACUUUUGAAGACUUUAUUUAUCUUUAUUUUCUUAUGCUUUUGGUGGUUGAAUUUUGGUUCUUGCUGUCUACUGAUUUCACUGGUUAUUCCAUUAUGUUAUUUUAUUGAUGAAGCAGUUUGUACAUUUUUAAAAAUUUAUUAACUGCAAGGCAACAUUCCUAAACACUGGAUUGAAGUGUUCCGGAGUUUAAAUGAUGUGUUUGUAAAAAAUAAUAAAUGCUGGCCAAGAAAGCUAAAUGUGA